ACGACGACGUCGCCGCCGCCGCCGCCAACGGUGUGUACGCACUAUAUACGCGGUGCCCCGCGGGUGUUUACGGCGCGCGCGUGUUCGCGCACCGCAGUAGUCGUACAACACAACACGGUGUCGUCUGUCGACGGGCCCACUGCGAAACGCGCCCCGCACGCGACUACCCAACGACGGAUCGCGGCACCACCACCACCACCGACCGAUAGCGAAAAUAUAUCAAUUUAAUAUCGUAAUAAUACUUUGUCGGUGCAGCGUGGCGGAGAUGCGGUUGCGCUCGGCAGAGCUGCAGCAGCGGUGAGCUUUUCCAGCGUUCGACGAACUACCCAUCGACCGACACUCCUCCUACUCGAAUCCCGAAAUGCCACACUCGUACGAACACAUCGUCGACGCUCAACAGUCGCCGGUCGGAGACGAGCUGUACAACCUGACGCAGUUGGCCGAAGUCAGCAUCGUGUACUUCAGACACCACACGGCCACGAUCAUCGACGGUCCGAGUGCUUACGAAAAGGCCAUAAAGAAAAACGACGACGAAGAAGACGACGACGACGACGACAACAACCACCAUAACCCGAUAACUACGGAGCAGGCAGCGAAGAAGACGACCAACAACAACAACAAGGAACGUCAGUGUCCGGAUUGCGGGAAAUGUUACAGCACUUCCAGCAACUUGGCCCGGCAUCGGCAGACGCACAGGUCGCUGGCUGACACAAAAGCCAGACACUGUCCCCACUGCGACAAGGUAUAUGUGUCGAUACCAGCUUUUUCAAUGCAUAUGCGAACACAUAGCCAGUCCUGUAAAUGUGGCAUCUGCGGUAAAUGCUUCUCCAGGCCAUGGCUGUUGCAAGGGCAUAUUCGUACCCACACUGGAGAAAAGCCUUACGAGUGCGAAAAAUGUCGCAAAGCGUUUGCGGAUAAGUCAAACUUGCGAGCUCAUCUACAAACUCAUUCUACCGAAAAACCACAUAUCUGUCAGAAAUGCAACAAGGCGUUUGCACUCAAGUCGUACUUGUACAAACAUGAGGAAUCUGCUUGUGGUAAAAUUACAUCGGUGAACAACAAUAACAACAACGAUUAGGAACCCUUUUUUAUUAGAUUUAAAAAUCGAAAAUUCUUAACAAUUGUGUUUUAUUUGUAUAUAUAUUUAUAUGAGUUUUUCUUUACUUUUUUCUUCUCAACAAUUUUGAAAAUAAGCUAUAACUUUUUGGUGACCAAUUAACAUUUGUUCUAGAAAUGUAUAAUACAUUUUCAACUGUUUUAUAUUUAAGUACAAUUUAAAAUACUUGAAAGUUUUAAUGAAUAUUACAACUAUGAAAGUUUUCUUAUUUUAAACACUUUAAAUUACAAAAUAAUAGUAAUAAUAAUAAAUAAUAAAUAAUACAUAAUACAAAAAUAAGGAAAAAAACAAACUAACAAAAUAAUCAAAUUUUUAUAAAUUAGACAUAAAACGUUACAAUGUUACGUUUUACAUAACAAAGAUCUGAGCAAUACAUGUUCAUGAUUUAGAAAUAACCAGAAAAAUUUAUAUUUUAUCAAAUCAAUUUGUGUUUGGUUUGUUUUGUUAUUAAUGGACUUUUGGACAGCGAAAUUUUGAGGCUCAACAAGUAAGGUUUCACUUGUAUUAUUGAUGUGUAGAUACAAAAUAGAAUAAAAACAGCUCAGGUAAUAUUUAUAUAUUUUUUUUUACAAAUUUGUUUAUAUGUUUUAAUAUUUAACAAUAAAAUAGAAAUUAGUUUAUUUUAAGUUAAGUAAAACUUUAGAAUAUAUAUAAUAUUAUGUACGAGCGGACGAGUGCUACUAGUCACAUUUAUUAAUUUAUUUUUGUAUGCAACAGUUUGUUGGUUAAAAAAUAUUUAUUAAAUCUGUAAAUACUUACAUAUAUAUAAUAUGUAUGACUUUUUUUUAUGUUGUAGAAAAUAUAUUUUCAAUUUUAAGA